UCCAUCUUUACACAUUCAAAUAUAUAUCCCUCUAUUUUAUAUUUUUUUUCUUUUAAUUAAAUUUGUCCUUUGACUCUUAUAUCCUUCGUAAACCCAUUUAUUUAAUUUUAGUUUAUUGAUUGAAAAAAAAUGAUGAAGGGCAAUAUUGGAAAUCCACUAGGUUUAACAUCCUUGAAUCAUAUAUCCCGUGUUUGCACAUCACUUGAAGAAUCCAUUGAUUUUUACAAAAAUAUCCUUGGAUUUGUCCCUGUAAGAAGACCUACAUCUUUCAAUUUCAAUGGCGCUUGGUUAUUUGGUCAUGGGAUAGGAAUUCAUUUACUUCAGUUAGAAGAUUCAGAAAAAUUGCCAAAGAAGACUGAAAUUAAUCCCAAAGACAAUCAUAUGUCUUUUCAGUGUGAGAGCAUAGAUGGAGUGGAGAAGAAGCUUAUAGAAAUGGGGAUAGAGUACAUAAAACAGCUAGUUGAAGAAGGAGGUAUACAUGUUGAUCAACUAUUUUUCCAUGAUCCAGAUGGAUUUAUGGUUGAAAUUUGCAAUUGUGAUAAGCUUCCUAUUAUUCCACUUGUUGGGGACAUGGUUAGGUCUUGCUCUACACAUAAUCUUCACACAAUUACAUCACAAAUGGAAUAUGUCCCACUCAAUUAUAUUCCUUAAACUAGAAUUAGUUAAUUAGUGUAACACUUAUUCAGAAUUGUUGUUAUAAUAAAUAAAUUACAAAUGAAAUGAUACUUUUGGUAGCUUUAUUGAUUUGAAAUGUGAGUUGGAUAAAUUAGGUACAUAAACCCACAAUUAAAGUACUUAAUUUGUUUCGGAGAUCGAAUGUUGACUGAAGAUAGUUUAAAUAUUUCUAAACUUUCAACUUUCAAUCAACAAUUUGAAUUACGCGUGAAUGCUUGGGAUAGAAUCAAGAAUGUAACUAAUUCAAAAGUCUUAAUGAAAUUGAUGAAAUUUCGUUUAUCCGAAA